AUGGCUUCUCCAAAUCACGACGUGGAGGAUGGACAUCAUGUUCCGCCAGACAGUAAAGGCAUUCUUGAGCUUAAUGAAGACGGCAAAUCGCCUGUUCCGGCCAUUAAGCUCGACAAACACGGCCUCCCAUUGGUCCCCCAGCCCUCAGACCAUAGAGAUGACCCGUUGAACUGGUCUCCUGCGUGGAAGCUUGCUGUUCUCCUCCAGAUAUCCUUGCUGGCACUCAUAGGACCAAUGGCCGCGGCAGUCAUCAAUCCUGCUUUCGUACCCUUGGGUAAAGCUUUUAAAAUUUCACCCGUCGCAGCGUCUUACGAGCUGACGAUGUAUAUCAUCUUCGCGGGCGUGGGACCACUCCUGAUAGUACCAUUUGCCAAUGUCUACGGAAGGCGCCCAAUCUACCUCGGAGGCAACCUGUUAGCCGCAAUCGCCAACCUAGUAGCGGGAAACUGCUCUACCUGGGGGGGCCUCCUCGCUACCCGUGCUUUCUCGGGCAUUGGGGCUGGCAGCACCAUCGCCAUAGGCGCCGCGACGAUAUGCGACCUAUACUUUCUCCACCAGAGAGGCUUCUUCAUGGGCAUUUUCACCUUCUUUCUGACUAACGGGCCACACCUUGCCCCGCUGAUUGGCGGCUUCACUGCUCAGAACUUGGGCUGGAGAUACUGCUUCACCAUCCCGUCCUACAUCCAGUUUGCCCUUUUCGCCAUCACUCUUUUCUGCCUUCCAGAGACGCUGUACUCGCGCCAGACACAGGCCGAACCUACUGAGUAUCACGAGAGCUCUUACAUGGACCUUCUCUUGUUCAGGCCCAAGCACUCGCCUAGCCGCAAGCUCCGUCUAGUCGACUUUACCAGGCCCUUCACGAUGCUGAAAUAUGUUUGCGUGCUUCUCCCAGCUUUGUAUUAUAUGACGGCGUUCUCUUUCGGGACUGUUCUGUUUGCAUCCACGGGAUCGGUCGUCUUCCGGACAUUCUACCAUUUUAAUCUCGUGCAAACCGGACUCAUCCUCAGCAUUCCACUCUUGAUCGGCAGUCUCAUUGGUGAGGCCAAUGCGGGGUGGUUUGUCGAUUUCUUGAUCUACAAACACUCUCAGCGCCACGAUGGCAGGCGCCCACCGGAGCCCCGGCUCGAUGCGCUCUGGUUGGCAUUGUUGUUACCCAUCGGCACGAUCAUACAAGGCGUAUGUAUCACCCACUCGGCAUCCACAAGCUGGGUGGGCAAUGCAUUUGGUAUGGGAAUUGCAAACUUCGGUCUCCAAGUGUCGACGACAGUAGUUUACUCCUACACAACGGACUGUUACAAACCCCAAAGUGCGGAGAUAUCCUCUAUCCUGAACCUGUUCCGAUCCAUUUUCAGCGCUUUCGUCUCCUUCUAUGCUAUCCCCCUUGGUGAAAUGAUCCAGUUCCAAUACGCGUGGCUGGUCUUCGCUUUCUUGACUUUUGCCUUCAUACUGCCAGUAGGAAUGUUGAGACUCUACGGGGAGAAGAUCCGGGCCACCAACUGGCAGAAUCCACCGACCUUUCACAACGACCUUUGA